GAGGCUAGCUGCAAAUGAUAUGUCCGGCACUUCGACCAUCAGUGGUCCCAUCCUCUCGAGGCUCUCCAUCUUCUCCAUUCUGAGAAUUUCUGUUGUCUCGAGGCGAUCCCUAACUAUCAUCUCCGCUGCAAGUGGAAGGGCGGCUAGCAACCAAGAUGCCCUUCAAUUUCACGGAAUACGACGCGAAAUGCGCCGGCAUGACCCCCGAGGAGCUGCAGCUGGAAUGGCAGCAUUACACGCGUCUAAUCUCAGGCGCAUCCACCUCGACUGCCGUGUCCGGCUUGGCCAUUCCGUUAACCUGCGGCGUGUCCCUCAUCGGGGUCGGCAUGGCUGCGCCGGCCAUCCAUAACGCCCGCAAGAAGCGCGAGAUCAUCGAGAAGCACCUGCAGCGACACGGGACUACCCACGAAACCCGCAAACGCGACGUCCUCACGAGCAUGGCUUUCAGCGGCACCAUCGGCGUGGUGACGCUGGGGGUGGGCUCGCUUGGUGCCGAUGCCGUUGCCACGGCCGGAGCGGAGCAUGGCAUAUGCGCCAUUGCCGAGAACGAGACGGCCAUCAAGAUUGUUACGCACGCCGCCCUCGACGGUGCUGGCAUGGCGCUGGAGCAUGCCUACACGCACCACAAAAAGGAGAAGGAGGCAGAGAGGGCUUUCCAGGCUGCCGGCGUAUUCCAAGCCGUUGCCGACGCAAAAGCCCAGGAAGCUGGGUACGCGGCUUCGGCACAUGCACACAAUCAUCCUCAUGGCUACACUGCUCAAGGCAGCAGCACCUCAGCCCAAUCUCAAACGCCAUUCAACAACGGCUAUGGGUAUAGCUACGGUUAUGAAGACCAACCACAGCCACCCCCUCCUUACUCAGCAGUGUCCUCUGGUUUCGCGGUGCAUGAUACAAAAUCCCCAGCCAUGCCCGCUGUGGGCCCAUCUCAAGCAUACGGGGCCGACAAUUCUGCGGCCCAAACUCAGCUGCCAUACUCUUACGGCAACCAGGCGUCGGUGGCCCCGGGCUACAGUGCAGACCCGUCUGCUGCCCUCAUGGGCUCUUUUGGUGACCCAGGUACCGCCAGUCAAACCCAGCAAGCUCCGGCCUCCUUUGAGACACAAGGGAAUAUUACCGAGCAGCAUCAUCCCCUUAGCCCUGUCCCGACACAGUAUCCACCACCCCAGGAUCAAAGCUCGGCCAACCAUAGCCAAGCUACGUAUGCCAACCCUCAACAUCAACUCGACCAGACUGGACAAUGGGAACCCCAGCAGGGCGAAGGACCGCUACAGGUAUCUCAGCUGGCUGGAUUCAACUCCAGCCCUAGCUCAGGCCAAAACGUGAAUGCAUACGACAUGCGGGCGAUGAUGGAGUCUCUCCCAUCAGCAACACCAGCCGAGCAGCAGCCUCUGCAAUCAUCAGCCGUGCAUCAGCCCCAAAGCCAUGCAGCCAAUGCAUCCCCACAAGAGACACAAGCGGCGCAGCAAGUUAGCUAUCAAGCGGACUGCUCUGCCUACACAAACCCGGUAAGACAGCAAGAGACCGGAGACUCGUCGUACAUGGGCGGGACGUUACCACCACCGCCACCUCUUCCUCCUUCUUCAACUGCCCCUCCAGCCUACGGCCAUUCUUACCCCAGUCCUCCGUCAGCAUCCCAACCUCCUGCUCCUCCUACCUUAUAUUUCCCGCCACCUCCCCAGGCGACAACCCAGCAAGCCACUUCCACACCCCCGCCGCCACCGCCGCCGCCACCGCAGAUUCCAGCCGUCGUGCACACAUAUCCACCACAGUCAAACAUGUUUCCAACGCCAAUGGUUCAAUCCUGGCAGCCCCCGACCGCUUCGACCCAACAAUACCCACCAGUAGAAAUACCUAGAGCGUACUAUGCACCUGCACCACCACCGCCGCCGCCUUCAGCUCCGCAGCCACAUCAGCAGCAGCAGCAGCAGCAGCAGCAGCACCACGAGCAGCACCAGGGGGGCUACUACUUCCCGACGACGUAUUCCAGUGGCGGCCAAUACUAUCAGCACGCCGUGUCUCCUCCACCGCCCCAGCAGCAGCAGCAGCAGCAGCAGUCGUGGAACGCACAGCCCCAGCCCCAUCCCCAGUCUCACUGGCAGCAGCAGCCGCAGUAUAUGUAUACGUCGGCCGCUACCUUGCCGACGGCCCAGGGGUACUAGAACCCGCCUUCAGAGACCGGGGUCAAGUGGUGCUGGUAGGUGUCGAAGAGUGAUGAGGCAGUCGUCAGCAGACAUAUAUCAACACUCCAACCGACUUACGAGAGGCGGAGCAUCGCAGUCAGCCUCGGUUAAGCAGCCGAUUUGAGAGUCAAAGUCGAACCGUCACCGGUCGGCGGU